CUUUGAAUGUACCAUCUUCUGAAAAUGCUUGAUCUGAUCCAGAUAGCCAAAUAUAUCAAAUGAAGCAGAAAUCAAUAUUGUGGUUUCGGACAAUGUGAAGAAACAUUGAACCUCGCUUGGAUUUCUAGAGAAAGUCGCGUCUCCCCAAUACAAGAACGCGUCAAGUCCACAUACUCUCGAUAUUUCUCAAAUGCUAUCAUGGCACACCUAGCCAAGCUGGGUGCAUUAACAGAUGAGCUCGUAACAUUGAUCACGUCAAAGACAGCUUCCUCUGACUCUACACAAUUCAACAUCCACAAGGAGACUGCUCUUCGAGCAUUGCGACAAAACAACUAUCCUCGAACGAACCAAUUCGACGUUAACAGCCGCCUCGAUGGCCUUGAGGAGAAGUUUCGAGUCUACCUUGAAGAUCCUUUGGCAGAUGCGCUAAGGGAGCGAUUAAACACCUUGUCAAAUUUGGAAGUGAAAUGGGCACCCGAGAUAUUGCAUCUGCUGCUGGAGUUGUCAGACAGGCCGCUUCAAAACUCCAAGGUCGAAGAUCUUGACUUUUUGAAGGAGCCAGAGCCGGACGCAGACCCACCCUUGCUUUGGAAAGAUUUGGCUGCAGACGAUCCUCUGCUGCGAGAGAAAAGCGUAUGGGCCAAUGUUGACUUUGGAGCGGAGGAUUCGGAUACGGACAGAUACGAUGACUCUAGGUCGGAGGCGUCUGGUUCGACGGAUCUGACAGGACAAUCAAGUAUUGAAGAAGAUCCCAGCAGAAGACCAGAGGACCAUGCGGUGCAUACGUUAUCUAAAGAAGGCCUUGAGACUUUACGAUACGAGCAAUUCUGGCAUAAGACGCCUACUGUUGACGGUGUGAAGUUGGAAACUGUUCGAAGGCCUAUCUCGGAACUCCAAGCUAUUCGGGAAGUGCUCUUCAUGCUUGGCGGCUUGCCGACUUCUAUAUUCGAGAAUACUACUCCAGCGACCAUAGAGCCAUCGAAAGCAUUCAUCUUGAAACAUGCUUCUCCGGAAGCCUUUAUUAAGCUUUCAACGUCGUUUGCCGAGCAGGGUUCUACUAUAUUGCUACUUCGUUUGUGGACCAGACGUUCUCAGUCAAUACCUCUGCUGCAAGCCUUCCAAGGUUCUAUGUCUACACGCCUUGCUGAAUUCGAUGCUCUCCUGGCUUCGAUUCAACUACGCUUUGUAGCACCUCCAGAGGAUAUAAUUAUUAGCUUACUGGCCAUUCAGGAAGAGAUCAAAUUACUUGCUAGACUCCUUCGUCGUCUCUCAGAGAUUGCCAGAAAACUCGAUGAUGGCCCAUAUGGGCACGCAUUCCGUUAUCUUGAAGCUCUCUACGACGAAACGUGCACAUCACAGAUGGCUGGAGACGAUGAGAUGUACUCUUUCAUGGGCAGUAUUUUCUUCGAAUGUUUGCAAGUAUAUCUUCGUCCUAUCAGGGCUUGGAUGGAAGACGGAGAACUCGACAAAGAUGACAAGAUCUUUUUCAUCAUCGAAACUUCUGGGGAUGUUGAGCCAGCAUUGAUUUGGGACUCGAGGUUCAAGAUCCGCCAGACGCAAGCAGGCAUUCUCCACGCACCUCGGUUUCUUCACGCGGCCGCCAAUAAAGUAUUCAACACUGGCAAGAGUGUGGUCGUUUUAAAGCAUCUCAAGCAGUUCGGCAUACUGCAAGGCUCUCGAAGCGAUCUCGAACCUAGUCUAGACUUCUACAAUGUCUGCAAUCCUGCUAUCUUACAGCUUGCCCCUUUCUCUGAGCUUUUCGAUACUGCAUUUGAUGCGUGGAUCAAGAGCAAGCACCACCAGGCUUCGUCUCUACUUCGCAAGACUCUGUUCAAUUCGUGUAGUUUGCACACUGCUCUCGAUGCAUUGUCACAUAUCUACUUCAUUGCGGACGGGAUCACCGGAUCCAAGUUUUCAAGUUAUGUUUUCGACAAGCUUGAUACCUUGAAUUCAUCGUGGAAUGAUCGGUUCACGCUUACUGAGCUGUGCCAAAGUACAUUUGGCACUUUGCCAUCAGUCGCUGCUGAUCGAAUACGAAUGAACGUCCUUCCUCUCCACCGGAAGCAUCAAGACGUAGUGAAAUGCAGGCAGAGUCUAAAGGCACUAGCCGUUCUGGAGAUCAAAUAUCACCUUGCUUGGCCAAUUCAGACGAUCAUUACCCCAGCAAACAUGUCUUCCUACAAGAGAAUAUUUACGUUUCUGUUGCAGAUCCAGCGAAGCACUCAUAUCCUCUCUCGCCAACGGCUAGUUAUGGAUACUCUUAUGCAGAAUAGCGGCACAGACGAACGCGCUCUCUACUACUCCUUGCGAAUGCGUUUACUCUGGUUCAACCAAAUGCUAUACUACUAUUUGACUUCUCUUGUUCUGGAACCUUGUACCCAGAAGAUGCAAGCGGACCUCAAAGAUGCUGGAGAUGUUGAUGCCAUGAUUCAGGUGCAUUCUGCAUAUCUGAAGACUACGAUCGACCAGGCUCUGCUAGGUAGCAAGCUAGAGCUCAUUCAUAAGACAAUCCUCAAAAUACUGGAGCUUGGAAUUAAGCUGGAAGAUGCCCAGGCCGCUAAUGCUACAUCCAAUAAGGAGACCAUGGAGCAUCAACAGGAGAGGAUGGACCUAUCCAUGGCUAGCUUGGGCCUUCAGACGCCUCGCAGGAAGACAAAGUCCCAACAGUUUAGUAGGAGUGUACGAAGUAGGCAACAUGAAUCAAGUUCUGAUGAGGAGGAAGAGGACAUCAAUGUUGAUCUCAGCAUUUUGUCAUCAGCAUUUAACGAGGAUGACGGGGAUACUCUCUUUGUCGAGAAGCUCAGAAAGAUGAAGUCUGAGUUUGACAGGUUGAUUCACUUUGUAGCAAGUGGACUCAAAGGUGUUGCGAGAGCAGGCACUGGCCAGGAAGGCAAGAGCUGGGACACCUUGGCCGAAAUGCUGGAGUCGGGUCUUGGGUCUGGGGUAUGAUAUUUAAGUUGGAUUACCCCUGUUAUCAGCUGGAAUUAAAUGUAUAAACUCCGUAGACGGGCAACUGGUGUACUUUCAUCGUCUCUGAAAAGCGUCACGUGCAGUACGUGGAGUCGUCUCGGCAAUCGAGCCGGGGCAAGACAAAAAUAUAUACCAGGUU